AUGGUCAGCAAAACGAAGGCCGCGGAGCAGCUGAUGCACAAAAUGAAGAGGGCAGUGCGAGCGGGCGGCCCGGACCCGAAAUUCAACAAGGACUUGGUGCAGCUACAGCUCGAGUACAGGGCCGCCAACUUCUCGGACGAGGCUUUCCAGCGAGAUCUGAAGCAUUUGCAGCAGCAGCCAGCAAAAAUCGCUCAGGUCACUCUUCGUGGUCCCUCGGCUUCCAUUAUUGUUGUUGAAACCGAGGGCAUAUCAAAGAAAAAGCUGCAGGAAUUGAUCUUGACUCACUUGGAAAAGUCGGGUGGUGGAUUUCGGUUAACACAGAAUGAUUAUAGCAGAGCAUUUGAAGAAAAAGGUGUCGUAGUGAUGGCUUCAACGAAAGCCGAUCGAACAGCGGUAACGCUGGAAACG